AUGUGGCCCUUCUCCCCGAAACGCUUUAGCGGCAACGCUCUGCUCUCUGCAGGAUCCAUGGGUGUUGACGGCGAUGGUGGCAUUAUUGCAUUUGGGGACUUCAAUGGGGACCAGUUCUUGGAUUUGCUGGGACUUUCAUCCGACCGCCAAACGCUCUCAGUCUACCUGUGGAAUCACGACGAGUAUAAAUUCAAGAAGUCUGCAGUAUUUCGACAUCCGCAGAAAGUGCAAAAUGUCGUUCCUGGCGACUUCACCCAAGACGGCCGACUGGACAUUCUGGUCAUGAGUCAGGCCGGAGCUGGAAAUCAGCUCUCCCUUCAGCUGUAUAUUGCGUCUGAAAAGGGCGGUUACAGUACGUGCCCGCAUCCGGUUAUUACGCCACCAUCUGUACAAGCACAACCCAUACCAAUGGAUAUGGAUGGAGACCUCAAAGUCGAUCUCUUUGGCAUUCCCUCGCCUGCCUCAACGAACACUCCUUUCAAAGUGUGGUCGAACGUCUGGAAUGCAUCGCAGAGUAAUUCCCCCAUAUUCAAUGUCACCGAUCCGAAGUUCAAUGGCAGCCAAUGUACACUGUCCAAUCCACACAGCAAUGCAGCUAUAGACCUCAAUGGAGACUGCUUAGCAGUAGAUAUCUUCCUUGUUUGCGAUGAGGGUAGCACGGGGUCCAAGUACUUUCAGAUAUGGGUAAACAACAAGGACAAUGGCUUUGUCUUAGCACAUCUCGGACGUCUUCCGCAAGGAACGCAGUCCAUUUCAUUUGCCGAUAUGGACCGAGAUGGAACCAUUGACAUGGUCUUUGCGACGUGCUCUUCCAUAUCUGCAUCCUCCGGAGUGGGAUCAAAUUGCUACAUCAACAUAGCGUACAAUAAGCAGCUACCAUUGUGCGCAUCGACUACGUCUUCAGGGAUCCAGAAAGGCAAGCGCGUGUGUCGACAGCCAGAACAAUUGUGCACAGCAGAUCCGGACUUCCAGUUCGACUUGUCCGAGCGCAGUGACAAUGAUGCCUUCGUCCGCUUCCCGGUGUCAGACGUAUUCCGACCCUCAGGAGAUGCCUCCACUGCACCGUCUUUACUAGUUCUCGACACGACGCAGAACCCCCCUCUUCCAGUCCCACUCAAGAUUGCUGAUGCCAACCAAGAUGGCUUUCCGGAUAUCCUCGCCAUUGUGGCGACGCACACGGGCUCGAAGACAACUCGUACCCCACAGCUAGCCUUCUCCUUGCCAUGCGGAUCAGGCGUUGGCGGCUGCAAGAACGGCCACGGACGCAGGGGCUGGACCGUGGUUACCAAAGGCGCGUCACCGCUGCGGAACAUUCAGGAUGCACGUUCCGUUGCGUUCUUAGACGUGGACGAAGACGGCACGUUGGACAUCAUGGUUCAGCGCACAGGGGAGCAGGGUGAAGGCAACAUUCUCUUCAUUCAGAACAACUUCUAUUACGACGCGUUCUUCUUGAAGGCGAUUGUCUUGAACGGAGCUUGCGGUGGAGGGAUGUGCAAGAGCAUCAAUGGGUCGGGUACAUAUCAACCGUUUGGUGUUAGCUAUUCUGGAGCCACAUACAAGUACACAGUCCUUGACACGUCCGGGCGUCGCUCCGCUGCUGAAGUCGGCCAGCUUCCCCAGACGUCUUAUCAGGCUCUGCUUACGCCAUAUACGUAUUUCGGACUUGGUCGCACAAACAACUACAUCGAAAACCUCUUCGUCGGAUCGACUAAGCAUACUGAUAAUCACUACAUCAAUAUGGAGGGCGUUAUCCCAAAUUCCAAAGUGGUCAUAACCCCACCGCUAGAUGCCAGUCUCUGGAAGCGGGAAUUGUAUUUGCGCCCCGGGGAGUGGAUCCCGUGGGUCACCUUGACCGUCGUGGCUACCACAGGCGUGCUCGCUAUCAUUGUCUUCGUCUUACAUCUGAAUGAGAAGAGGGAAGACGAGCUCGAAAGAAGGCGGGCCUCACAUCACAUCAACUUCGAUGCACUAUAG